CUCGAGCUGCCCUCUUUCCUACGUACUUCCGGUGUGCGGUGUCUGCUCGCUCUCUCAGUAUCUCAGAGUGUCAAAGGCCCCGGGCCGGGUGAAGAGGAGGAGCUGCCGCCGGGAACCGAACUGGGAGACUCGGAAAGACGGGAGCAGGACAGAUUCAGAAAUGUCUUUCAUAUUUGAAUGGAUUUAUAACGGCUUCAGCAGCGUGCUGCAGUUUUUAGGAUUAUACAAAAAGUCAGGAAAACUAGUGUUUUUAGGCUUGGAUAAUGCAGGAAAAACCACACUUCUACACAUGCUUAAGGAUGAUCGGCUCGGGCAACAUGUUCCCACACUACAUCCAACAUCAGAGGAGCUGACAAUUGCUGGAAUGACCUUCACAACCUUUGACCUUGGUGGACAUGAGCAAGCCCGUCGUGUUUGGAAGAACUACUUACCGGCGAUUAAUGGAAUUGUGUUUCUUGUGGACUGCGUAGACCAUAGCCGCCUUAUGGAGUCCAAAGUUGAGCUGAAUUCACUUAUGACAGAUGAAACGAUAUCCAAUGUGCCAAUCCUUAUCUUGGGAAAUAAAAUUGACAGACCUGAAGCAAUCAGUGAAGAGAAAUUGAGAGAAAUCUUUGGGCUUUAUGGGCAGACCACAGGAAAAGGUAACGUGCCACUGAAGGAUCUUAAUGCUCGCCCAAUGGAAGUGUUUAUGUGCAGCGUGCUUAAGAGGCAGGGCUACGGUGAAGGAUUCCGCUGGCUCUCACAGUACAUUGACUGAAACUUUAUUUUUCUCUCCUAUCCCCCUCAUUGAACGACAAGAAAACAACCAUAUUAUACAGAGUUCAACUCUUCGGACUUGAUCCAGACUGACUUCUCUAUCAGUGUGUGGCAGACUCACAUAGGCAGUGAUUAACAAAGUACAACAACCAGGAGUCUUGUGGGGCACGUCCCUCUGAUCAAGAGUUAAUUGAUUUCAAAAAAGAAACCAAUUCUAUUUUUUAAAGAACGUAUCAAUGUUAACUGUAUCCAACUCCCUUUUAUUUUUUUGGUUUGUUUUAUCCCUCAUUUAUCUGUACUAGGUUCUUUUUUUUUUUUUUUUUGUAUUUUAUUUUCUUUGACUAUUUAAUGGUAUUUACAUAUAUCACAAAGUACUGAAUCAAUUACCAUGGCAUUAAAAGUCUGCAAUAAACCUAGUUUUGUCCUGGCCUGCUCUCCAACAGUACUUCUAGUUUUGCUGGUGGUGUAUCAGGGGAGAAUGUUUGUGCUUGUAUCUAUUUUUCAUUUUCUCUAAGUAGAAUGAAAAGUACUCAAGCUGGAAUACAGUUUAUUGCCAAUUUUUAUCUUACACCUAAACAUGCUGUUCUAGGUUGCAUUUUAUUUUUCCCCAGUAAAUGUCUAUGGUAUAUACUCGGAGGUCAUUCUUAAGAGUUAAGGGUGUACUCCCUCUUAGGAAAAGAAUGUACUAACAGUGGUGUGAAGACUAAUACAAUGGAAAACAGCUAUAACCAGCUUAUUUUGUACUGUUCCCAGUCACUGUUUUAGUUGCUUUUUAAAACCACUGGAUUUCCCAGUCCCACCUAUAUAGAAUUUGCAAUAAAGUAAAAACACUCAGACCUAAAA